UACUGGCACAUCAAGUUCACGCGCGAGUGAUUACCGCCUUGCUUUAAAAAAGGUCAUGCGGAAUAAUUCGAACACUUUUUUAGAUCCAUAAAAGGUUUUAUAUGUAUAUCGUAUAUUGAUUUUUUAUUCGAUUUAUUGUUUCUGUGAUAAACCGUGAAGUGUAGUGAUGAGUGCCGCGAAACAGCUGGUUCCGCCUGAUGGAGGAUGGGGCUGGAUGGUCGUAUUGGGGAGUUCGCUUAUUCAAACUCUAGUGAUGCCCAUGGGACAUGUGUUUGGUUUAAUAUUCGCCCAAAGAUUUGCUACCAUGGGUCUGUCUGCUACUGAUGUGUCCGUGUUGAUGAACGCGAACGCAGCAACCGGUAUGCUACUUGGCCUGCUGAAUGGUCCUCUUCUCAAACUGAUCGGCUACCGCGCCCUUGGACUCCUCGGAGGAUUUAUGAUAAGCGGAGGAAUCAUGCUGAGCGCUUUCGCUACGAGUUUCACCCAACUGCUCCUGACUUUCGGGCUAAUCAUGUCUCUGGGCGGAAUGGUGCUGAUGACUGCAUUUUCAACAGCUGUUAACUUGUAUUUUAAAGAAAAACUGAAUAGAGCGACUAGCAUUACUGUUACACUUUCAGCUCUGGGUCCAAUAUUUUUCCCUUAUUUUAUCACCGGUUUGAUGAGCCACUAUGGUGCUUUUGGAUGUAUCCUGAUAUUGGGCGCAAUAUCGACGCACACGAUAAUGGCCGCAUUACUCCUGCAACCAGUCGAAUGGCACAUGAAGAAAAUACCGACGACGAAUGUCGCGAAUAAAAUCGACAAUAAUGGCUCGGAACAGAGGACGGAAACAUCCACAGGAAAGCCGGCACAAAAUAGAUCCAACACACAGUCGACGUGCCGGAUUCGCAGAGCUGCAGCGGCAGUUGUCAAGUUCCUAGAUUUGGACAUUUUAACUGACAGUGUUGGACUGAAUGUGCUUUUGGGAAUGGUCCUCAUCAUAUUUGUAGAUAUCAACUUCGCUCAAAUAACGCCGUUUGUGAUGCAGGAUCUGUCUUUUAGUUCGAAUGACAUUGCGUUUUUCAUGACAGUCAUAUCAACCGUUGACAUCUUUGGUAGAUUUAUUAGUCCAUUUAUAGACGAGUAUUUGAAAUUUGGAGCCAAGAAAAUGAUGAUGAUCACUUUAGGUCUUAUGAUUCCCAUCAGAAUGGGUUUGUUAUUUUCGGAAAGCUACUAUCAAGUUCUAGCAGUUUGUGCUAUUCUUGGUCUGGUCAAAGGUGCUUCAACGGUCUACAUGUUCCUGAUUUUACCUAGUUGUCUUCCAGUGGAGAAAUUGGCAGCAGCCGGGGGCGUUAUGAUGCUGGGUUGCGGGGUUUUCCUUAUGACCUUUGGUCCAGUAAUGGGAUACUUGAGAGAUUCUACAGGAUCAUACACACAGUGUAUCAUGGUAUUAAACGCUCUCAGUAUAAUAGUUAUUACAUUUUGGACAUUGAAAAAUCCUGACAAUAAGAAAACACAAAGCAAACCCAAGAAACAAUAA